AUGCAAAGCGAGGAUAAUGAUUGGUAGAAAGUAGUCUAGACUACGACAAGGAUUGAUCAAUAAAUAAAGAAUAUCAAACUGAGAUUGCAAUCAGCACUUACUCAACUCAUCAUACAAUCAGAGGAGCAAAACAAAAUUUCUAAUCCCAAUCCAAUCAUUCAAAAAUCGAAUCCUCCCUUAAUAAUUCCACAUAACAGUAGAUCAAUAGAGAAGAAGGACAAACCCGCCUUAAGACAAUGCGCAUCUAAAUCCCCUAUUCGCACUCCAGAUACAGCCGAAUGUCCGUCUCCAAUUUCUCCCUUUUCAAAUGGUUCAGCUAUCAGAAUGCAAUUAAAGUAAGUGGAACUCCUCAGUCCCAAAUAUUAAAAUAUAUCUGAUAGAUUUCACAUUGGCAAGUUCUUGGGCAAAGGAAAAUUCAGUGAUGUCUUUUAAGCAUAAGAGAAGACUUCGAAAGUCUUGGUUGCUCUGAAAGUGAUCCAGAAGACUGUUAUUAGUAAGUAUAAAAUGGAAGCUCAAUUGGCUCAUGAGAUCAAAAUACAAAGCUAUUUGAGUCAUCCUAACAUCUUAAAACUCUAUGGAGUAUUCUAAGAAUAAACUAAAAUUGUUUUAAUACUUGAAUAUGCACCAGAUGGAGAACUAUAUAAAUUAUUAAAAAAACAGCCAAAUCGUAGGUUCACUGAGAAUAAAGCUGGAAAUUACAUAGCAUAAAUUGUUGAAGGCAUUUCAUACAUGCAUAAAAUGAAAGUUAUUCAUAGAGAUAUCAAACCUGAAAACAUUCUAAUUAGUCUAUAAUUCUUAAAAAUUGCAGAUUUUGGUUUAGCAACUUAUUCUCCUGAAUCAAAACCAAGGUAAUCCUUCUGUGGAACUAUAGAUUAUAUGUGUCCAGAAAUAGCUUCAGGGUAGGAUUAUGAUCACUCUGUUGAUUUGUGGUCUAUAGGAAUUUUGGCAUAUGAAUUAACCACUGGAACUACUCCAUUUUAUCAAUCAUCCAAAGAAGACACAAUGAGAAAAAUUAUAGAAGGCAGAGUAGACUUUCCAAAAUAUGUCUCAAAUGAAUUAUAGGAUUUUACUAAAUGCUGUUUGAGAAAAGAUCCAUAACAAAGACUUAGAUUAGAUUAAAUGGCUAUACACAAAUGGAUAUAAAUGAAUCAUCAAGCAGGUGGUUAAUAUGAUAGAAUGUUAGUCCAAUCUUUGGUGACAAUAUUGAAAUGA